AUGGCCGACUUGGUGGCUAGUGUCAUGCUGGUCUUGGUCGUUCAGGCCUCAAUUUUACCCCCUUCGCUAUCAAGUACUCAUUGGGUUGUAACCGAAGAUGGUAUGGUAACACAACAUUUGGAUUCAGUGUUCAAUCUACGCAAGCCAUAUGAUUUAAUUGAAUUUAUUCGUCAAGCUGAACGCUCAGAGUCGGUGCAUGCAUUGCAAACAGAGCUGUUGAAUCAAAAAAUUCAAAUUGAUGAGAAUGAUGAUAAAUCAGAUACAAAUAUUGAACAGCAAUAUUAUGAUACUGAUGGAGACUGUAUGAUAGCAGAGAAACCACUGCCAGAAUACGAUUUAUAUACCAGUACAGUUGUACCACUAGAAAAUAAGGGUAUUGAUGUUGAAGAGCAUAUAGAUCUGAAUGCUAAGUUACCCAAGAAGUUAAAACAGCCGAACUGUUCAACUGUGCUUGAGCUGCCAUUCAGUAUUCAUGCAUUUGAGCAUUUAAAGGGUGUACAGUACAGAAAGAACAUAUCAGAUAGUGCAGAGCCUGGCCUAAGAGGUGCAAUAACUUAUAAAGAUGAUACCGACGAGUUUGGACAUCUCAUUUAUAAAGCACUACAAAGGCAAAUUGUAGCUUCAGACGACAGAGACCCUGAUAUUGAAUGUCUGAAGAGAGCCAGUGGGGCAGAGAAUGAUUGUUUUAAUGUGCAUCACCUGGCAGAGGAAGAGGUAAUUGAUGUACCUGAGGCAACAGAGGAUAUCAAACCACAGCCAAAUCCCAAUGCUGAGUAUCGUGAUAAAGAUUGGCCUAAGAAAACUGACUGUGAUAUGAAUUAUAAAGGUCUACCAGUUUGGAGAGAAUAUCAGUCAACAUAUCUACCACCAGAAAAUAAAGGCUUUCAUGUGAAACCUCUGCUAACAGAAGAUCUUGGAUUAGUAAGUGGACCCGGUGAAGAGCAUCCUCUGCCAUGGUAUCCACCAGUAUGUGUGCAUGUUGAUGAUUUAAGUGGUGUUGUAACCUCUGUAGAUUCGUUGAAUGGUAUUGCUAAUAGAGAAAGAAUACCAAUUAAGAUGCCUGAUCAUAAUGUUAAGAAGAUAUUGUUGAGUUUAGUGAAUGAUGGUGAUGUAACAGAAGAAGAGGUUGGUCAGCGUAUCUUGACAGCUCUCAAGGAGAACAAAGAAUCUAAAUGGAUAUUAUACCACUUGGCUGGUUUAUAUUGGCGAGUCAUUGGUAAUAAUUACCAUGGUGUAGAAUGCUUGAGAAGAUCAAUAUAUUUUGCACCAGAAGAAUAUCUAGAUGUACCACUAGUAAAUCUAGCUAAUAUUCUGUUGAGAGUUGGCAGUUAUAAAGAUGCUGCUACUCUGUUAAAGAGAGCUGUUGAUGUUAAUCAUGCUGAGGCUGUUUCUCAUUUCACGUAUGGCAAUGCACUUGCAGCUCAAGUAAACUACAGUGGGGCUGCACAUGAAUACAUCACGACAUUGGAUCUAGACUCUAAUUUUGAACUAGCUUUCAAAACCCUCCAUACAAUCAAAUGCCAUGAAAAGUUUCAUUGUGCUGCAAAGGGUAGUAGUGAUGAUAGUUCUGGUGAUCCUAGCAUGUGUCAGCGACCACCAUCAACUAGUACUAGCAGCCAGACUGAAAGACGUAUAGUCUGUCAUCAUGUACAAGGGGUAGAACAGUGUCAGAUGGAGACUCGACAACGUAGAAUCUCUCCUGAGGAAGCUGGUUGUCCUGGCAUAUGUACAACAACGUGUACUUCUCAUCCGCCAAAAGACAUGUGUGGUGGCCAAGAACCUACUCCCUGUAAUGGAUGCUCUGGAAAUAAACGAUGUCAUUCAUGUUCCCAGACUGAAGAAGGAAAGGGUUUCCAGUGCCAUACAGGGCCUGUGCCCCCGCAUCAGUGUAUUACAGAUGCUCUAGAGAUUAUUGAAAUAGAUGAAGAUGAUUUGAAUCAAAUAGAAGAUCUUGAGGAGAGUCUAGAACUUCUUGCUCCAGUUGCUAAAGCACUUAGUGAUGAACAGCAUACAAUCAAUUUGAAAUCAAGUGACAUGGAAGGAAAGAAGAUGGUGACUGUCAAUGUGAAGGCAUCUUCCACAAGCACCAAGAACAAGAAAACAAGCAGUGAUAAUGCUACUAAAAAAAAAGGAAAAGAGAAUAGUAAUAAUGAUGAUUUAUUUCUGAUCAUCGACUCUACAGAAUACUCGUGGCCAACAUUAGAAGAAUGUAAAAAUCUAAAGAAGAUCAAUGUGCAAGGUUUUACCAGUACAUGGCUGUCAGUUACUGCAAAGGAAGUAGAUUUACAUGAGCACAUUAAUUUCCGUAUGAACAUUCCUGAUGGUGUACUCAUGGAGCCAUUCUGUGAAGCAGCUCUUGGCCCUAGUUUAUUUACCUUGGACCAUCUAAAAGGAUUAGUAGAAAGAGAUCAGAUUGAUUAUUCAGCUGAACAAGGGCUUAAAGAAGUAUUACAGACAUUGAGUGGUGAACAUGAGAACUAUGAGAUUGUUGGUACUAGAAUAGCACUUGGUUUGACAAGUAACCAAUCUUCGUGGGUCCUUGCUAAUAUGGCUGCAUUGUACUGGAGAGUUGAAGGAGAAGGAGAGAAAUCAUUAGAUUGUCUUAGACAAGCAUUGACAUUUUCACCAAGGCCAAUGAAAGUAAGUACAUUUUACUGCAAUAUGUCCCUGUUAAACAGACAUGACAUUGCUCUGAUCAGUAUGGCUAAUAUCUUUCAUAGAGCUGGUUUAUUUGAGGAUGCUUUGGUUGUGACUGGUAUGGCAUUGGAAAUUUCACCAGACCUUGUAGUCAAUCAUUUCACUAUGGCCAAUAUAUAUGCAGCAAUGGGAAACUACAUAGAAGCACUGAAGUACUAUGAAACAACUCUACUGUUACAAGAAGGGUUCCAACCUGCUUUGGAAAGAAUGAAGACAAUACAGUGUCAUAUACAGCAAAGCAGUAACAAGAAAUAA